GGGGCAGGAAAUAACGCCGGCCCUCGGCGGCGGCCGCAGAGGGAGGGGGAGAAGCCCCGGCCGGCUCCCGGGCAGUCGCGGCGGCCUCGCAUCGAUCUCGGGUCGAAGGUCCGGCCGGGUCAGAGUUCCGGCCGCUCUUUCUCGCGUUCGAGUCACCCCCCGACCCUCGGCCUCCGUUAUCGCGCAGGGGGUGUUUCCCGGAGCCUCGGAGCCCCUCAGGGGCCUCGCUUUCCCCGCGGCCGCGCAGCGCGGGCCCCGCCGCCAGGUGGAAGGAGACAGGUCGCGGAGCGGCCGGCGCGAGGGGGCGGGGCCUGGCGGAGGCUGGGCGGGCCGGCUGCGGCAGGCGCCCGGGACCCCCGCGCCCUCCCCUCCGCGCCGCCGGCCCGCGACCCCGGCCGCGCGGUCCCGGGCAACAGGUGGAGAGGGCUCGGCCCGCGGCGCCUCCGCGGGGCGGUCCUUCUCCAGCCCGCCUCGCGCCCGCCCCUCUCCACGCCCCCUCCCCUCCUCCCGGCCUCCGGCGCCUAGCUCGGCGGUCCGGCGCGCUCCCCUCGCGCGGUCUCCUCCUCCUCCUGGGCCCCAGCGCAGCCCGAGAGCCCCGCGCCGAGGAGCGGGGGAAGCCGCGCACUCGCACGACACGCGCCGCGGCGGGACUGGCCCCGGGGGUGCCCCCGGCGCGCCUCGCUCCCCGCGCCCGCCGCGCUCCCCUCCCCCCGCCGGUGUCCCCAGGGCUCCGGGCCGCGCGUCCACCGCCAGACGCGCGGGGGGUCCCCGAGGAGGGGCCAGCGCGGCCGCGGCGCGGCGAUGGAGGAGCCGCAGCGCGCCCGCUCGCAGACCGUCACCACCACUGCCAGCUCCUUCGCCGAGAACUUUUCCACCAGCAGCAGCAGCUUCGCCUACGACCGGGAGUUCCUCCGCACCCUGCCCGGGCUCCUCAUCGUGGCGGAGAUCGUUCUGGGAUUGCUGGUGUGGACGCUGAUCGCUGGAACUGAGUACUUCCGGGUCCCCGCAUUUGGCUGGGUCAUGUUUGUAGCUGUAUUUUACUGGGUCCUCACCGUCUUCUUCCUCAUCAUCUACAUAACAAUGACCUACACCAGGAUUCCCCAGGUGCCCUGGACAACAGUGGGUCUGUGUUUUAAUGGCAGCGCCUUCGUCUUAUACCUCUCAGCCGCUGUGGUGGAUGCGUCUUCUGUCUCCCCCGAGAGAGACAGCCACAAUUUCAACAGCUGGGCAGCCUCAUCGUUCUUCGCCUUUUUGGUCACCAUCUGCUAUGCUGGAAACACAUAUUUCAGUUUUGUAGCUUGGAGAUCCAGGACCAUACAGUGAUUUGCCAUUUUGAGAAUUAAACAGGAGAAAGCAGGAAGAAUCUCACUGUAAAAAAACAGCAACAACAAACUGUAGGUAUAAUGUAUAUUUCCAGAGAAUUAUAUUUAACUAAUGUUUUUAUAUACUUAGUUAAAUUUGCUCACAGUGGUUUGUUACAGUUAAACUGGAUACUUACUUGCAAAUUGUUGUAGCUUAUAAGGAACUCUUAAAUAUCUUGUUGAUGUCUUCAUGGACCUUGUUUUCUUAGACAAUGUAUAAAUAGAUAAAUUGCUAAUGUUAAGACGGUGUCGAGUUUGUAAACCUAACUUUUUAAAAUGCCAGAUUCUUUUCUGAUUAAAUGUUUCAAAAUCUUG